AGAGGGCUCGGAGCUCCUCCAGGGAGGCCCACGGGAGAGGCGGCGGGUCCCCCUACAAGGAGAACAAGAGAGCAAAGGCCGAGAGGGGCAGCGGAGGCCGCGGACGCCGGGAUGCCGGGCGCGAGCGGCCAGGCUCUGGGCGGGCAGCGAGCCCAGAGGAGCCCCGAGCGCCAGCAGCCACCGUGGUGGAUGUCGAUGAAGUCCGGGGCUCCGGCGAGGAGGGCACCGAGGUGGUGGCGCUGCUGGAGAGCGAGCGGCCAGAGGAAGGUACCAGGCGGCAGGUCAGGUACCAGGGAGGGUACCAAGUCUUCCAGUUUAGGGGCCUGUGAGUGGCUUCUUGUCCUCACAUCCCUGCUCUUCAUCAUCGUGACCUUCCCUUUUUCUAUCUGGUUCUGCAUAAAGGUUGUACAGGAGUAUGAGAGAGUAAUUAUAUUCCGGCUGGGACAUCUGCUUCCUGGAAGGGCCAAAGGCCCUGGCCUUUUCUUCUUUUUGCCUUGCCUGGACACCUACCACAAGGUUGACCUUCGUCUCCAAACCUUGGAGAUACCUUUUCAUGAGAUUGUGACCAAAGACAUGUUCAUAAUGGAGAUAGAUGCCAUCUGCUACUACCGAAUGGAAAAUGCGUCUCUUCUCCUGAGCAGUCUCGCUCAUGUGUCCAAAGCUGUCCAAUUCCUUGUGCAAACCACCAUGAAGCGUCUCCUGGCACAUCGAUCCCUCACCGAAAUUCUUCUGGAGAGGAAAAGCAUUGCCCAAGAUGUAAAGGUUGCCCUGGAUUCAGUGACUUGUAUUUGGGGAAUCAAAGUGGAGAGAACAGAAAUCAAGGAUGUGAGGCUGCCAGCCGGCCUUCAGCACUCACUGGCUGUGGAAGCCGAAGCACAGAGACAGGCCAAAGUGCGGAUGAUCGCUGCGGAAGGGGAGAAGGCUGCCUCGGAGUCCCUGAGGAUGGCAGCUGAGAUUCUCUCAGGCUCUCCGGCUGCUGUUCAGCUUCGAUACCUCCACACCCUUCAGUCCUUGUCCACGGAGAAACCUCCCACGGUGGUUUUACCUUUGCCGUGUGACUUGCUAAAUUUCCUGUCUUCUCCUAGCAACAGAACUCAAGGAAGCAUCCCCUUCCCAAAUCCUCCCAAACCUGUUGAGCCACUGAAUCCUAAAAAGAAAGACUCUCCCAUGUUAUAGGAGGAGCCGAGGAUAGUGUGCUGGAACGGGGCCUGCCAUAUACCAGCCACGUCCCUGAGCGGGCUGCUCUGACCUCACUGCCUGCCUUUCUUUGGUUGCCAUAUGGAAUGUCCCUGUAAUGCAUGCAGUCACAGUGCAGCAACAUACCUGAGAAGCCAUGCAAGAAGUUUAGGUGGAUCAUCUGAUCAGAGUAACUGUGGGAAAGAGCUUUAGCCAACACUCCUCUUCAGAAAGAAUUUAGAGUCUAUAUGUGGCUAAAUUCUGACUUCUGAAAAUCUAGGUCAAAUGUCCUUUUGCUGUAUGCCCUCUGGCCCCUUUGGCAAGGUCUUUGCUGCUCCCACGGCCCUUUCCACACCUCCAUCAUUGUGCUUAUCACACUCUAUUGUAAUCCUGGACUUUAGAUGCAGGCUCCUCUCCAACUGUACCAUGCGCUCCUCAGAGGCACGUCUUAGUCAUUUCCCGACCACGCUCACCCUUGUACACUCUACCCCAGAUUCCUCGCACCUAACCCUGGGAGUCGCGCCACGGUGACACUUAAACGUUCCUGAGUGAAUGAAAGAAAAAGAGAUGUACUUGGGUUGGAUAUAAAAUUUACA